UCUCGGACACAGUGCAAGGGCCACAGAGGCUUCCACAGGCGCCGGACCCCAAAGCCUUUAGAAACACGUGGUGGCCAGUGAAACAAAGAACCGACAGCGCAGAGCCAAGACAGGUUUAGAGUAGUUCUUGUAGACCUGCUUCCCACUGAAAUGGCAACCUCAAGUGUCCGGCAGCCUUUGCUCCACGCUGGGGAGGAGCGUUUUCAGAUGCUGGAGUUGAACAGGAGGCUGGAAUCGUACUUGGGCCAUGUGAAGCUGCUGGAGGAGGAGAACCAGCUUCUCUGGGGUGAGAUCCAGGCCCUGAGGAGAAGCCAGGACACGGGCGGUCGGAGGCAAGUGCAGGAGGAGGCCGUCCGCCUGGCCAGGAGGGAGAUACAGACCGCUUGGUUGGAGAAGGAUCACGCAGAACUGGAGGUGGGCAAGCUCCUGGAGGAGAUAGAGGAGCUCAACGCUCAGAGGCAGGGAGUGAGGGAGGCGCAGGCAGAGGCCAAGAGGAGACUCAAACAAAGCAGGGGUGAGCUGGAGGACGAGAAGAGGGCCCACAUCUGGCUGAGGGAACAGGCAGCCCAUCUCGAAAAAGAGCUCUCAGUGCAGGUGCAUGUCCACCAAGAGGACGUAGCAGCUCUGAAGUCCUCCUAUGCCCUGUGGAAGCCAGCGCCAGCAGUCCCUCAUGAGACGCAGGCUAUCAGGCUCCAGGGCCUGGGCGAAGAGUACUCCCAGCAAGCCGCCCGGGCAUGGCAGGAGGCAGCAGAUGUGUACCAGAGAAAGGUAGCACAACUGGAGGAAAACCUGGACCAGACCAAAGCUCACAUGGCACACAUCACCCAGGAGAAGAGGGAGAGACAGCUACAGGUGCAAGAUUUGGCCAAAGAACUGAUGGGCAUGGAAGGCAAGAGAGAGCUACUGGAGAAGAAUGUGGUCCAUCUAAGAGACAGGCAGAACCAAGAACUUCAGCAUCUUCAGACUCAGGUGCAGACUCUGGAAGCAGAGAAGGGAGGUCUGGGUGAGCAGCUGGGUGAGCUGCUGGAGGACAGACGAAACCUGCUACAGAUGAAGACGUCUCUGGGGCUGGAGGUGGCCACUUACAGAGCAUUGCUGGAUGCUGAAAGCCUGAGAGUUGGCCAAUCUGCAAAGAGGACCAGCACCCGGACUGACUCUCUUUCAGAUGCACUCACCAAGCCCCGUGGGACUCAUCUAGGGGCUCAGGGCAUCUCAGCCUCCUGUCAGUUCAGCACUCUGCUGACUACAGCCUCCAGGUCAAUGACCCACUCUAAAGCCCAGCGUAUGAGUGCGACUCCUGCGUGGAGCCUGCCACGGAUCACCCCCCAGGAGACACUGGAGAGGGCCCAUACGACCGUGGAGGAGAACGGCUACGUAAGCAGGGAGGCAAUGAAGCUGGAAGGAUCGUCCGCAGCUGUGCCUCCCACCGGCUCCUCGCUUCUGUUCGACCUGGAGGAUGCUAAUAAAAAGGUGGGCUAUGCUGCUAGUGGCUUGGCCGAACCUGCCUCCCCAGCUGCAGACGAGCCAGAGUCCAUGCUUGGUGCACCUGUUAGAGAAAACAUGCAGGAGGUCCUUCCAGAGAGUCGGGCAGAAGCUACGGAGGUCAUGUCUAGUAGUGAAGAAGCAGUAUUUCUGAGCUCGCUGCCUGGACACGUGAGUAGCCCUGUCCAGACUCCAGAAACGGAGGUUUUCCCUAAUUCAAACACAGAGAAUUCAAAGUGUUUAGAGGACGGUGAAGAGGAGGAGACCGAGGUGUCUACCGAGAUGGCACGAAUAUCAUAUGCUCCUACAUUUACUGGGGAGGAACAUGAUGCAAUGGGACCGGAAGAGAAAGAUGCAGCAUCUGAGACAGAGCUGGAGUCAGAAAGCAUCAGUGAACACAACAUGCAAGAACUUAGAACAGACACUGCAUCAUCAGGAUUCAAACAGCACGAUGAAAGCACUAGUGAAACAGCUUCACCAUUAUUCGAACAAACAACGUGGCACGCCACAGACACCUUUAAUCAUAUUCAGAAAAGUAGUGAAAUCUCAACAGGGGUGGAUGAAGAGGAGAUUGUUAGCAAUUUCAAUACAGUGGAGUCACUGAAGGGAGCAUAUGAAAUAAAGGAAGUGUCAACAGAUGAGUGGGAGGAAAGAGAGAGAAGUGAUACGGAUGAAAGGACGGAGGUCGCAAGUUCUGGCCCUGAAGUGUGGGAUGCUCGCGAUGCUGUCACUGCAACGCACGUGGAGGAGAAAAGAACGGACAGGUGGGCGGGGAUGGAGAGGAGAGAAGGUACAGAAGAACAAACCGAAGUUACAUUCUCUGGCCCCGAAGUGUGGGGCACUUGUGAUGCUGGCACUGCAGUGCAAGACGAGAUGAAUAACACAGAGUGUGAAGCUGGUGAGAGGAACGUGGAGGAGCACGUCCCUGCUGGAGACGAGGAGAAUGAGACGGCAGAGGAAGGUGUCACGGAUGAACACACAGGGAGAGAUGCUAUGAUGCAGGACUCUUUUGGCCCAGAGAUUGGUCCACAUAGGAGUGUGGAAUGCACAGAGGAAACAGCCAAGUCAGGGGUGGAGCCACAUGACAAGGACCAUGGUGUAGCUGAAGAUAAUGCCGGAGAGGAACAAAGGGAGAGUGACGAUGAAGUGUCAUUUAACGUCUGUGCUUCGUGGACAACCGACCCCGGUGAGGCUGACAGCUACACUCAGGAGAACACACUGGCAGACACGCGUCCCCUCAUCCACUACAGGAGCGAUGAGGAGACAGAUGCCAAUACUCAGGCCUCUCACAUGGGAGUGAGUGAGCCCAGCGACAGCGAGGAGGAGAGGGAGCGGCACGAAGGGGUUGGCCACUGGAGCCAGAAUGCCUCCAAGCGCUUUGACACCAUGGAGGACCUUUCUGAGGAGCCAGAGAUAGACAACCCUGACGACACCUUCCCUGACAGGUCUAUUCAAGCUGUGACAGAAGGACCUGAGCUAUUGAGCAGGAGCAUAGAUGGAACAACCCAUGACGAGCCGGUAACGCUGGAGGCUGAGGGUCUUGAAAGUGAAAGUGGUGACGUAGACCGCCAUGAUAAUGCACCAACGGAUGAUGCUUUGGUAGAUCAUUCAGAAAGUAACCUUCAAAAUAUCUCUGAGGAGAGAAACAAUUGUGGGGAGAAGAUAGAGGAGGAAAACAGCCAUGUCCUUCUGGUUGAGAAGCAGAAAGAGAACGCUAAUGAGUAUGGCUUGAGUGAAAGUUUCUCCAGUGAAUCCUGGGAGAUUAGUGAACAAAAGAAUAUUUCAGCUAAGCAACCCAACAGCAGUGAGUAUGGAAUUUCCAUUCCUAAUGACAAUAAAGAAAAUUGCAAUACAGAAUCCGUUGCACAAAUUGAGUCAGAUGGUGAAGAUGUGAUGAAGACAAAUAUUGAAGGCCUUGAUUUAGUCACAGACACACCACUGCCUUGUGGGGAGCAGAUAGAGGAGGAGAACAGCCAUGUCCUUCUGGCUGAGAAGCAGAAAGAGAGCGCUAAUGAGUAUGGCUUGAGUGAAAGUUUCUCCAGUGAAUCCUGGGAGAUUAGUGAACAAAAGAAUAUUUCAGCUAAGCAACCCAACAGCAGUGAGUAUGGAAUUUCCAUUCCUAAUGACAAUAAAGAAAAUUGCAAUACAGAAUCCGUUGCACAAAUUGAGUCAGAUGGUGAAGAUGUGAUGAAGACAAAUAUUGAAGGCCUUGAUUUAGUCACAGACACACCACUGCCUUGUGGGGAGCAGAUAGAGGAGGAGAACAGCCAUGUCCUUCUGGCUGAGAAGCAGAAAGAGAGCGCUAAUGAGUAUGGCUUGAGUGAAAGUUUCUCCAGUGAAUCCUGGGAGAUUAGUGAACAAAAGAAUAUUUCAGCUAAGCAACCCAACAGCAGUGAGUAUGGAAUUUCCAUUCCUAAUGACAAUAAAGAAAAUUGCAAUACAGAAUCCGUUGCACAAAUUGAGUCAGAUGGUGAAGAUGUGAUGAAGACAAAUAUUGAAGGCCUUGAUUUAGUCACCGACACACCACUGCCUUGUGGGGAGCAGAUAGAGGAGGAGAACAGCCAUGUCCUUCUGGUUGAGAAGCAGAAAGAGAGCACUCAUGAAUAUGGUUUGAAUGAAAGUUUCUCCAGUGAAUCCUGGGAGAUUAAUGAACAAAAGAAUAUUUCAGCUAAGCAACCCAACAGCAGUGAGUAUGGAAUUUCCAUUACUAAUGACAAAGAAAACUGCAAUACAGAAUCCUUUUCACAAAUUGAAUCAGAGGGUGAAAAUGUAAUGAAGCCAAAUUUUGAAGGCCUUGAUUUAGUCACAGACACACCACUGCUUGAAACAUUCCAAGAACAAGCACAGGCAGAAGAGCCCAGUGAAAUGUCACUACAAAAACCCACACAUUUAGAUGUGUUUCCAUCUGAAAUAGCCAUGACCAAAGAACAGCCCUGUCCAAAAGAGGAGAAUGACGAGAUGUCAAAUCUGCCAAUGCUUACUCAUGCUGAUUUACCAGACGAUCUUUCCUUACACAGUGAGCUGUCCAGUCAGCCAGACAAGCAGACCAAUAUAGCCGUGUCAGACUUGGAGGAGUCUAACAGCUCAGGAGAUGAGUCUCCAAAUUCCAGCCAGUGUUCUCAGUACCUUAUCCAGGCACGGGUGUCAGCCGAGCAGCCUGUCACAGGCCUUCUGGAGGAGAUGAUAAGUGAGGGGGUUGGAGAGAACAGCUCUGGAGAUUGCAUAGCUCCUCAGACAGAGCAACAGGAGAACAAAGGGAGUCGAAACAAAGAGGACCAGGAAGAUGCAGUGGAGAACAGCAGCAGUGGAAUGGUGGAAAACCACAGCAGUCUUUUUGAAUUGAAAGAACAGCAGGAUUUGAAACAAUCAGAUGAAAGAAUAGGGGGGUCCCAUGCCACUGUGGAAAAAGUUGGUGAAAUGCCCACCCUAGAUGACAAAGCAUCAGACAUGAUGGAUAUUUUCCAAGGCAAAUUUCUGAGUGAAAAAUCUCUGACUAAAGAAAAAGACAAUGACCCUCACAGCUUCUUUACAUCAGGCUUUAAGGAAGGUGCAUGGAGCACAAUGGAAUUUGAAACAGCUGCUACAAAUGUCCUAGCAGAGCCUGAAAGGUUCUCACGUGAUACUAAUCAUCCGAACCAGAGCAUGGUGUUUGAGGAGGACUGGGGAGAUGUGGGAAUGGGAAAUGGGAAACCUGAGAGAGAGAUGGGCAUCUUUUUAACUCAAUCGGAUGGGAAGAAGGAAAGGGAGGAGGAACAGAGGAUUCCAAAGACAAAACAAAUCCAGAGCACAGAUGGGGAGGAAGGAGAAGUGCUAGCUGUUCAAUCAGAUGUCUCUACUGAUGAUGGAGACUCCUGGUCAUCUGGUGAGGAGUAAUGCCAUGCUAAAUGUACCUCCCCCGCUUACACAAACACACACAGUUUAGUUAUUUUUAACUACAUUUUUAGUCAUUAACACUAACUGAUAUCUGAAUAAUGAACUACAGAGAAGUGAUCAUGGGAAACACAAUGAGGAGUGUGUUAUUGCAUAUUUGAGCCCUGCUAUUCAAAAAUGUUUUUGCCUAGGUGAUUGAAUCCAUACGGAGUUUACCUCAUAUCUAAUCUAUGUUACUCUUUUUCCUACUUAGUAUAUUAUUAUUUUUCUGAAACAUACACAGAAUCAGAUAGAAGUUUCAAGAAAAUGCUUGAACAAAACAAUUUUUUUUUCCAUAGGUAAAUGCCAUAGAAUGAUUUGAAACCAAUAAAAUGGUUUGUAAACCAUGUA